GAUUUCGUACGUAGUCACAUAAGGUGUGGUGCUGAGAAUCGGUAACAGAGAUCGAUAGUUUAUAACAGUGCGUGGAAGAAAAAUACUGACUGGAAAACUGUGCCUAGUGUUCGAACGUACACUGCCUAAUGGAAAUAUAAUUUCUCUGCUGUUUCAAACGAAGAAAUGAAGAUACUCUUAUCUUUAACACUCAUUUACCUUGCAGGAAUUGCGGCGCAAGAAAAUGCUGCAAGAAACAUUCCCGCCUCGUUACUCGAGUGUUAUAACACAACGGCUAUGCUGGUAAAAGACAACAGGCUGCCACACAGCAUGCCUGCUUUGAUAGCCCUGAUUCGUAAAAUUGAGAAUACGGCAGGCCUUAACAUGGAUCUUCGCACUCUAUCAAUAGCUCUUCUCCACAGGUUCCGGCAAGAUGGUAUCGAAAGGAAUCCGUCUGUUCAAGUUCAAGAUGGAAUAGUGCCUUUUUCACCAACAGGAAUGUCUUUUUCUCGGCACGCUGCCACACUUAAACUUAUCCCAGGGAAUGCUAUAUCAUUUCCGAACAGCAGUUUAACUGCCGUUGAAAGAUGUUCGCUCCAUUACAUGCUGUCGAGUAGUUUUGAGAUGAUACAACGAGACGGUGAGAGUUCAGUUUGCAGCACGAUAUCUCAAACAGCUCAGUAUAGAGUAGAGCGAAAUGUUGGUGAAGAAGAUGCGACAGAAUCUGAAAGCAUUGGAGAUGACGUUGAGACGUUAACUCCGCAGGAGUUAGAAAUGAUUAAGCACAAGACAAAUGAAUACCAACCCAAAGUGACAAUGGAGGAUCCGAAUUGGUUGUAUCCAGCGCUUCCUCCAAACCACCCUGACAGCGCACGCAUUACUACGUACACACAAAGUUCGUGUCCUGUGGAAAAUGGCGUAGUAAAGACAAAAUGGGGUGCUGUUUCCAUGGGUCCUGUAUUGGCAGGUAUCGCCGCUGCUCUCGAGCCACAGACGGUGACUCUUGCUGAGUUACUAAGUGCAGAUUUGGAGGAAAAAGGAUACACUUCCGGUCCUGCUUUGACCAAUAGAUGGAUCGCUACAUUAGGAGGUGACUUGGCAGAAGCAGCACUAAUCCAAGGACCCGGGCAAGUGAGUUCGAUAAAUAUUGGAGCGAUCGGUGGCUUCAAUUCUACAGCGCUACCACGAUGGUAUUUUCUCACUACCAACGAGAACCUUGAAACGACGACCGCAGAAAUACGAGGAGAUCUGGAUGGGCUCAUUCUGGCUGACAGUGUUGCUUCUUGGUACUCGUCAGUUUCGACUUUGAGGCUUUCACAGAUUCUCGACAUGUAUUACAGCUCACGAGGGGUGUUCAAUUCUACUAUGCGUGCUUGCAACAGGAGAACGUUAUUUAGUACUGUCGCCGAGAACGCCACGAUGGUGAAUCAGGUGUACAGUUCAGCCCUGCUUUUAUACGAGGAAGUCGCAAGAGUGACGAUGAGUGCUGAGCGCAUACAGAGCCUUGCCACUAUUGCAGCAAAUGCACUUAGCGUCUACAUUCCCGCGUCGAUGAAUAGUGAUUUACCCUGUGAUGCUACUAACGCGGUAAAUGACUCCAACACCGCUUCUGCUGAUUUGACUAUCAUCAUUGAUACUACAUGGCCAUUUACUACGAUCCAACCGUUUCUCGCAUCUUUGCUAGAGGGCAUCGAAGUUGGGAAAUUCAACAGUAACUUUACUUUGAUUAACGGCUACGAUGGAAGUCUUAUGAUAAACAGUAGCAACACGCUGCUGGAUUUUUACAGUUUCAACGCUACUCAAUAUGCCAACUUUACAUCGGGUUUCGACCUGCCCAAGGCACUUGAAGCCCUGCGUAUUCUGCAGAAGGAAAGAUUGAACAAAGAACAAAGCCAAAACAUUGGGGGCAGCAACUCGGAUGUUGUACUAGUCCUUUCCUACACCUCAUCGAUUACUACAGACGCCGACAAAGAGUAUUGUUUGCAGCAAUUGAGGAUCAUAAGGGAGGAAGUACCUGAUUCCGUGUUUCUCUAUCUUACUUACGGAUCCAAGGACAAAUGGUCCGAUAUUGCAGCCAACUCGACCACAGACACGUUUGCGAUAACCGCAACAAGCACUACAGACACUUUGACAACGAUCAAUCCAGUUAUAUCACGUAUCAAACAAGUUCCUAAACGCCUUAUCAAUUCUGCAUGUGGAGCUUCAUUUUCAUCAACAGGAUCAACAGCCUCGUUUGUCGACUACGUAGAACCUUCAGGCAUCAAAUACUACAGACUGAAUCCCAACUAUUUUUCUACAGAUACGGCAACUGUGAAGGUUCAAGGUGCAGGAUGGGGAUACCUGAAUGUGUGUACAUCGCGUUCGGUGGUUCAGCCAAAUUCAACUUCUCCGAACGACGUAAGCUGCACAUCAGUGACAACAAAUACGCACAGCAUCAGCAUAUCCUGCAGUGGCGUGGAUCUCAUACACAGAUGUCAGCCUCUCUACUUAUCUGUGGCAGCUAAUGCUUCGGAUUCAGUAUCGUACCAAUGCACAGAUGCCAACGUUUGCCGUUAUCCGGACAUGCGCAAGUUCACAAUAUCGUACGACAAUCUUGUAUGCCGAAGCAGUGCCAGCACUUUCUUCUUUGCUCCAUUGGUUCUGGUAGUAUCUUUCAUUAUCAACUUCAUGUAAUAUAAGUGUAUAGAGUUAAACGCAGUUACCGAAGUGGUUCCGUGUUGAAACGGUCACGCGUUUUGUUAAUACAUACUACGGAAUUUUUACGCUAUUCGAAGAUAACAUUGUAUCGAGUAUUUGAUGGAGAAAAAUUUGCGCCCGAGUUUUCAAACAUUUGUUGUAUUUACAGAGUUAUCGCAAGUUUUAAUCACGAGGGAAUCUUUUCUCAGUGCAUAAGCAUGGCUUUUUUCGGUUCGUGCGAUAACUUUUAGCUAAGAAUUUCAUUACAGUACUGGAGUUGAAUUGAAAAAAAAAAACAAAAAAAAAACCGCCGUCAUUCAGUUGUAAACGCGAUAUUGUUGGAUAAAGAUAAAUUUCAGGGUAGUAUUUAUUUUUCUAUCCCCAAGCUGUAACGAUUUGGCUACAUUCUCUGAACAGAAUAGGAGGACAAAUAUUUUGCCUUUCAGUGUAAUUAGCUUUCCAAUAUCAAAAACUUACUUACUCUUUAAUACUUGACAUAAUAAUUAAAUGGCUACUACAGCGAUAAACAUUAAAUUUUAGAUUUUCGUAAGAUAAUUAAUCUCAUGAUGAGAUAGGAUACAUAAAACUUGAAACUAUACUUGGGCUGCCGGAUUCUGAUCAUUUCUCAAGUGGAAAACUAAAUUCGGAUUUUGAGAAUCUAGCAAAUCCAUUACACAACUAAUAUAGCCCAAUGGGAAUUUGAGCACAGAAGUUCCUUUGAACAAAAAGUUGGAAUAAAUUCAUAAAUAUUGUAAAUAUUCUUACAAAAGUAAUCGUAUUCCCCGGUGAGCAGCGACAUGGCACAUUUUCAGAGCCUUGUAUAAAACCAUGUGAUCAUUUCUCCAAGAAUUAUUCAUUUAAAAAUAGAAUCAUCAAAGUAAACGUCUGUAACUUGUGUAUGGUCGAUCAAUUGAUUUGAAGUUGAAUUAAUGUCACAUUCAAGUUCAACUGUUCAAAACGAAUUCAAAAUUCUCAAAAUAUUAUAAUUAUGGUAUCUUGAAGAAAUGCGAUCAACACUUUGGUUCUGAAAAAUGAAAGCAAACAUGAAUUACAGAUCCGUGAAUUCUCCCUCAAUUGCUUGCAAUCUAAUCUGAUUACGCAAAGGAGUCGGUAUUUGUGAAACCAGGUGUAAGAUUUUUUUUUGAUAUUGAAAAUAGCGCGUCAUAGGAAUCAAUUACAAAUAUUACAUCAUCAUCAAUUUUGCUGAAUUUCAGUUUAGAAACUAACAUUUCCAAACUGCAUCACAUUUUCAAUUCACAAUCCCGGUUUUACAGUUUUAAAACCCAGUUAUUUGGUGAAAUUUGAGUUUUCGAAGAAAAUGAAAUAAUAAUAUCAGUGUGUAAACUUUGACAUUUGCAUUGGUUUGCUGAAAGAAAGUUUGAUCAAUUUAUUUGAACUUGAAAUUUUUAUUUUUUUUUCACUUUACUUAUAUUUCACUAAGAAAGUAGAUUCUUGAUAAAAAAAAAAGCAAAUAAUCGCGUAGUAUUCGUACUAAUAAUACAUUUCAGAUUGCACCCAAUUUUUAUUUUUUUUUUCCAUUGCAUAGUACUUAAUGAGAUGUACUUAGUGAAAUGAGAGUGUUAACGUACAAAUUAGUUAAUUAAAACAGGAAGAAGAUUAAAAAAGGAACAGUUUCUUUGCCCUUAUUUUGUCUUUUAUUUAUUUCUGUAACAAAAUACUGACUAGAAAAAGUUCAGUUUAAUGGGCUAAUGAAGUAUCCUUAUUUACGAAUCAGGGCUGCACAAUAAAACAAUUAAUCAUACAUUCUUUUGAAAUUAGUCGAUUGAUUGACUCUUUUCAUUGAUUGUUUUUCUGAAUAAUCGAUUGUUUAGCAUUCUCAACUAAUCAUUUUCCCUAUUAAUGGAUUCAUUAGAAACAUCGAUUAGAGUUUUCCCGAUUAAUCAAGUAAUCAACCCUUUCAAUUAAUCGAUUUUCGAUUAAUCGGCCAUUUGUUUAUUGAAAUUGAUUUUUUCUUUUUUUGGAUUAAUCGACGAAUUGGAUAAAAAAUGAGUUCAAAUCUGCGGUUAAUCGAUUAAUCGCGAAGCUCUAGUACGAGUUAAGUCUGUAUUAGCUCUCCGGAAAUAAUGAAUUAUUUCCUUCUUUUAAAUAGACAUUACUUUUUACAAUCCUACAAUUGGCAAAUACCGGUAUCAUUAUCGAGGUUCAACUCUUAAUAUUCAUACACACCUUGCGACAAUACGUAAAAAUAUAUUUUGUUCGUUGGGUAAACACUGCUUUAUAUAUAAGGUUUACAUAAUGUGACUGUAUGAUCGACGCCGCAAGAAACUUUUUUUACUUGAGCACCUACUGCUACCUAGAAUAUAAUAUAUAUAAUUCAUGUGACAGCAAAUAAUAAAGAAUGUCAUGAAAUGUAUGACACUGUUUGACA